AGGAUCCUGGAGGCCCCCGCUCCCCGGAGUCAUGUCCCUGCGCCCCGGCCCCCGGGAGACAUAACCCCUGCGCCCCGGCCGGGCCCCUAGGAACCGCGUCCACAAGUCCCGGGGGUCGGCGUGGCAGGCGCCGGGCUCACUCCGGGAGGGGGCGGGCGCCGCGAGCCCCUUCCCGCAGGGGCGCCUGUGCCGCUGCCCGGCGGCCGGGGAGCCCGGGGGCCGCGGGGGGCAGGAGCGCAGCGGACAGAGAGGCCUGGGCGCCGCCGGCCCGUGUUGCUGUUUACGCUGCGGGCGCGCAGUGCCCGCUGCUUCCCCGCCCGCUCCAACAUGCCCUCAGUGCGCCUGCCGCCGCGCCCCGGGCGCUAGACCGCGCGGCCGCCAUGGGGAAUGGGAUGAACAAGAUCCUGCCUGGCCUGUAUAUCGGCAACUUCAGAGAUGCCAGAGAUGCAGAGCAAUUGAGCAAGAACAAGGUGACACACAUUCUGUCUGUGCACGACAGCGCCCGGCCAACACUGGAGGGGGUUAAAUACCUGUGCAUUCCAGCAGCGGAUUCACCAUCUCAAAACCUGACAAGACAUUUCAAAGAAAGUAUUCAAUUCAUCCACGAGUGCCGCCUGCGAGGUGAGGGCUGCCUUGUUCACUGCCUGGCCGGCGUCUCCAGGAGCGUGACUCUGGUGGUGGCAUACAUCAUGACGGUCACCGACUUCGGCUGGGAAGACGCCCUGCGCACCGUGCGUGCGGGCAGGUCCUGCGCAAACCCCAACCUGGGCUUCCAGAGGCAGCUCCAGGAGUUUGAGGAGCGCCAGGUCCGUCAGUUCCGCCAGUGGCUGAAGGAGGAGUACGGAGAGAGCCCUUUGCGGGAUGCAGAAGAAGCCAGAGGCAUUCUGGGUAAAUACAAAGAGCAGGGGCGCGCGGAGCCCCCGCCUGGCGCCGGGCGCUGGGGUGGCCUCCCGGCCGCGCCUCCUCCGGCCUACGGCAGCUGCACCACGGAGACCUAGCCGAGCCCUCGGCGCCCCUGCCCGCGGACGGGAAGGGGUGUCCCGGUGGAUCCAGGUCCCCCCCGAGACCCCAGCAGCCCCACCCCCAGCUUCUGCGCCGCCCAGACGCUGCUGCCUCACACCCGUGGGCAAGCUGGGGAGCGUGCACGCGCGCGCGUGUGUGUGAGUGAGUGAGCGUGAGUUCUGAACGUGUGCGCUGCGGGAGCUGCCUUGAAAGCCACACUGCCGGCAUCGGCCUCACUGCCUUUCCCCGUGCGAGAUCCGCUGGAAGGCACUUGGAGGUGGCCGUGGAGGAGCCGCCGGGCCUGCAAGCGGGCAGUGGGGAGGCCUCAGGGUGGCCAAGGGGGCAGCAGGGGCCCCCUCCGCCUUCUGAGGGCGGCACUGGGCCCCGGGGCCCGGAGGUGGCCGAGCGGGCCCUCCUGCCGCCGCCGGCCCUGCUCAGCCCUGCCCUUCCGAGCCCUGCUCGGUGUGUGCCCGCCUGAACCGCCGGCCCUUGGGUGGUGUGGGGCGCAGCCCAGACGCCCGCCCUCGGCUCCCCCGUCCAGCUUCCCCUCCUCCCAGCCUCCUGCUGUUCUCACUCUGGGGAACCCCUCGCAAGGCUUGCAUGCACCUUCGGGAUUUAGGAAGAAAGAGCAGUUGUUAGGCACUGUCACGGUUUGCGCUUAAAAAUACAUUUAAUGCCUGAGCACUUAUUAAGCACCUUCAUGUCUGCUGUGGAUUUGGGAUUUGAUCUCAGCUACCUCAUUAAACGGUUUUUGAAAAAGUG